AUGUCACAACCCAUACAAGGUCGAGGUCGAGGUCGUGGUCGACUCAUUCAACAGCUCUCGUAUCUUACGACUAGUUCUAUCGGUACAUCAUUACCAUCAGGUAUUUCUUCAACCAACGAUGAUGAUCGAUCUGAAUCUGGAUUCUCAUCCGCUUCAAGUGAUUCGCAUUCUUCAGUAGUUGCUCCACUCAUUACUUCACUCGGUCGUGGUCGUGGUGGUGUACGUUUGAAACAAAAUACUGCACCAGCAGAUCCUCAUUGGACUGUGAACAACUUAACAAAAGAACAAUUCCACUCAAACUAUCGACCAGAAAAACCUCAUCGACUUGGAGAUCUUGGUGAACAAAUCAGAGUCAUUGCCAACUAUUUUCCCAUUCUAAAAUUUCCACAUAAGGGUCUUGUCUAUAAAUAUCAAAUUCAAAUUCGGAAUAAGAAUAACUUGGAAAUUCAUCGUGAUCGACGACGUUUACUCUACAACAUUUGGCUAAAAACAUAUUUCCAAAAAUAUCCACAAAUUGAUAAACAUAAAAUUGUGUUUGAUAAUCAAUCAAGACUACUCACAUUUGAUGAACCACUACCUGAUAUAUUUGAAGAUGGUGUUAGUGAAAUCGUCAGUGGUCCUAAUCGUUCUAAUAAACAAGAACAACACACAGUGAUAGUUCAAAGAGUCGGAAGACCAGUUGAUUUAUCUUUGCUUGGAAACUUAGAUGAAUUAUUCCAUCCAGAAGCUUUAUCAAAUGAUAAUAUUCAGGAUCUUAAAGAAGUGAGAAAUGUGUUAUCGAUAGUAUUACAUGAGCAUUGUUCAUCACAUGCAGCAUUUAUUUAUGAUCGAUCAUUUUUUUCACCAACAAUAGCAGGACAACAUGGAGAAUGGGAUCUUGGAUCAGGUAAAGCACUGUGGCGUGGAUUUUAUUCAUGUCUCGUUUUUGCCAAAGGAACUCAUCAUCUCCUUAUGAAUCUUGAUGUCAAGCAUACAGUCUUUAUGAAAAAACAACCAUUUAUUGAGUUUCUCUGUGAAAUCAUGUUACACAGUCCAUCUGGAAAAAGAAAAUAUGGUCGUCAACGAAAUAUCUCAAAAGCUGAUGGUGGAGAUGUUCUUAGUUUUCUUGAUAUCAAUAAUCCAGCCUAUCAACAUGAACUAGAUUUUCUUCUGAAAUAUUGUAAACAUCUUCGUGUUCGAUCACAAGAUGCAGCUAAACCUAUUAUUUAUGAGAUUCAAAAAAUUGCUUUGCCAGCAUCUAAACAAGAACUUAUAUGGAAAUCAAGCAAAAACCGAGUGAUUACAGUUCAGAAUUAUUAUAAAGAACAUUAUAAUGUAGAAUUACAAUAUCCAUCAUUACCUACAUUAGGGAUGCAUAAUGGAUCAUAUUUACCAAUGGAACUUGUUGAUGUUGAACCUGUUCGAAUGAAGAAAAUCACUGAUGAACAAAGAGCUCUUGUAUGUCGGAGUUCGACAAUGAAGCCAGACAUGCAUUACAAAUCAAUUGAAAAGAUUCGUGAAGAUCCUAAACAACAAUGUUUCGAACGAGAUCCAUUUGUUACUGCUUGGAAUCUUAAUAUAGAUGCUCGAAUGAUUGAGUUACCAGCACGUGUACUACCUAUGCCAGAGAUAGUUUAUACUGAUCAAUAUCGGGUUACUUCAAAAGGUGUUCGAGAUCUAGGUGUCUGGGAACACAAGUCAACAAAGUUCUAUAAACCAGCCGAUUUUCCAAGCGUUUGGGGACUGAUGAAUUUAUCAUCGAUCAGUAAACAAGAAUGUAUAGAUUUCUAUAAUGAACUAAGUUUUGUGGCAGAAGAUAAUGGUAUUCGAUGUUGUGUACCUGAAAUAUAUGAGGAAAUUGAUGCUACAAAAAAUGGGAUGGCUCAAAUCGAAGAUAUGUUGAGAGAUACAACAAGAAAAAAUCAUAACUGUAAAUUUUUUCUUGUGAUCUUGCCUAAUGAAAGCAUAAUGAGAACACAGAUUUAUGAUAGUCUGAAGAAACUGUGCGAAUUAGAAUUUGGCUUGGGAAUAAUCACUCAAAUGGUUCGGCAGAGUAACGUCGUUAUCGGCAUUAGAAAUAACAAAACUAAAUGGGAUUAUGCAAAACUGCGUAAUAUUUUAUUGAAAAUAAAUACAAAGUUAAAUGGAAUUAAUUCUGUUCUGAAUGUCAGUUCCACUAUCGAUCGAUUCUUUUCACGUGGUCAUCGCAUCAUGUAUGUUGGCGCUGAUCUUAGUCAUCCAGCACCAGGCACUGCUAAUCAAAUUUCAACUGUCGCUGUGGUUGCAUCAGCUGAUGAUAUACCUAAUCGAUAUUUUAAAGAAGUUUAUCAACAACACCGACCAUCACAAACACGUGGAGAAAGUCGAGAAUAUAUUGUUGACAUGAAACAAAUUAUGAAAUCUCUAAUUAGUCAAUAUGAAAAACUACGAGGUUAUCCACCAACAGCAAUUGUUUUCUUUCGAGAUGGCAUAUCUGAAGGUGAAUUUGAUUCUGUCUUCGAAAAAGAACUUACAUCAAUACGUGAAGCUUGUGUUACACUAUCACCAUGUUACAGACCAUACCUAACAUAUAUUGUUGUUAGCAAAAGACAUCAUACACGAUUCUUUCCAACUACAUCAGAAAAGAAUGUUUUAGCUGGUACUGUUGUUGAUUCUCAUGAUGUAACUCAUGCUCUUCAUUAUGAUUUCUAUUUGAAUAGUCAUCAUGGUGCACUUGGCACAAGUCGACCAACUCAUUAUCAUGUAUUAUAUGAUGAUAAUAAUCUAAAACCAAAUGAAGUUCAGAUGUUAACAUAUGCACUUUGUUAUACAUAUUCUCGAUGUACUCGUUCAGUUUCCAUCCCAACACCAGUGAAAUAUGCUGAUUUAUUAGCAACUCGUGCAGCUCUUUAUGUUAAGAGUGAUGAUCAAUCAGACACUGAAUCGGUUUCAUCAGGGCCGAGAAUUCCGACGAAUGAAGAUGUUGAUAUAAAUAAUUCGAUAAAAAGUGAACGUAUUGUUUUAAGUCAAAAACUACCACUCGAUUGUCCUUUCUUCUUGUAA